AUGGAGUUGAACAAUGACUCGGUUACAAUGGCAACGGUGGCACCAAUGGCUCCAGUCACAACUGAACGACCCAUUAGGAGUGAUCUUGAGUCAUUCAUUCCUAAACCCUAUAUGGCUAGAGCUAUGGUUGCACCAGACAUCGAACAUCCCGAUGGCACACAAGAACACGAGGCUUGUAACAUGAGCGUGCUCCAGCAACAUGCUUCCUUCUUUGAUCAAGACAAUAACGGCAUUAUUUAUCCUUGGGAGACUUACAUAGGGUUUCGAGCAGUUGGGUUCAACAUAUUUGUCUCCUUUGUUGCUGCAUUGGUGAUUAACGUGACAUUUAGUUACCCAUCUCUCCCGGGCUACAUACCAUCUCUUUUGUUUCCAAUUUACAUAUCCAACAUUCAAAAAUGCAAGCAUGGAAGUGAUACUGCGACGUAUGACACAGAAGGAAGGUAUCUUCCAGCUAACUUUGAGAAUAUAUUUAGCAAAUACGGCAAAACUAUGCCAAAUAAACUAACAUUCAAAGAGAUAUGGAACAUGACCGAAGGAAAUCGUGUUACACUUGACGUAUUUGGAUGGAUAAUGAGUAAGUUGGAGUGGGGGAUAGCAUACUCUAGUGCUAAAGAUGACGAAGGAUACCUGUCAAAAGAGAGCAUUAGAGGUAUCUUCGAUGGUAGUUUAUUCGAAAAACUUGCUAAACAGAAAGCAACCAAGGGGAAAAAGAUACAUUGA